AUGUGUAUUGUUAUUAAUAAGAGUGAUAUACAAAACAUAUACAACAUGUCCGACACAACUGUUCCCACAUUAGGCUACUUUAAGGUCCGGGGUUUGGCUCAACCCAUACGACUGUUGCUGAAGUAUGCGGGCGUGAAAUUCACCGACAAAUACUAUAGCAUGGGAUCCACUUCUGAAGAGGCAAUUAAGGAGGACUGGGCUAAUAAGAAAUUGACCCUGGGCCUUGACUUUCCCAAUAGACCGUAUUAUAUCGAUGGAUCAGUCAAACUGACUCAGAGCACAGCCAUUAUGCGACACUUGGCCCGAAAGCACGGACUGGUGGCCACCGACGAGACCGGACUCACACGACAGGACGUGUUUGAGCAACAGUUGGCGGACAUCAAGAGUGGUUACAUUAAAGUAAUGCACAGCAAAGACGUCGAGACUGAAAAAGUCAAAUACACCGCCGAAACACUGCCCCAACAGUUGGACAGUUUGUCCCGGUUUUUGGGUACCCGUUAUUGGUUUACCGGUAAUCACAUUAAUUAUGUAGACUUCUUGGCGUAUGAAAUACUCUUUCGUUUCCGACAACUGAGCGCCGAAGCCGUUGAUAAGCACCAGAAUUUGGUUCAAUUGUAUAACCGUUUUGAAAUCCGGGGUUUGGCUCAACCCAUACGACUGUUGCUGAAGUAUGCGGGCGUGAAGUUUACCGACAAAUACUAUAGCAUGGGAUCCACAUCUGAAGAAGCAAUUAAGGAGGACUGGGCUAAUAAGAAAUUGACCCUGGGCCUGGACUUUCCCAAUAGACCAUAUUACAUUGAUGAUACGGUCAAACUAUCCCAGAGCACAGCCAUUAUGCGACACUUGGCCCGAAAGCACGGACUGAUGGCCACCGACGAGACCGGACUCGUACGCCAGGAUGUGUUGGAGCAACAGUUGAUGGAUAUCAAGAGUGGUUACUUUAGAGCAAUGAAAAGCAAAGACGACGAGACUGAAAGAGUCGGUAAUUAUCUGCCCCAACAUUUGAACGGUUUGUCCCGGUUUUUGGGUACCCGUCAGUGGUUUACCGGUAAUACCAUUACUUAUGUAGACUUCUUGGCGUACGAAAUACUCUUUCGUUUCCGACACCUGAGCCCCGAAACCGUCAAUAAGUACCAGAAUUUGGUUCAAUAUAUGACUCGCUAUUUUAAUACCCGGGCUUUGGCUCAACCCAUACGACUGCUGUUGAAGUAUAAGGGCGUGAAUUUCACCGACAAAUACUACGGCAAACCAGACGCAAACACUAUGGAGACGUUUAAAGGUAACUGGUUUGAUGUGAAAUUCACCCUGGGCUUUGACUUUCCCAACGUGCCAUAUUACAUUGAUGGUUCCACGAAACUAACCCAGAGUAAUGCUAUUUUGCGACACUUGGGCCGAAAGCACGGACUGGUGGCCACCGACGAGACCGGACUCGAGCGCCAGGAUAUGGUGGAGCAACAGUUGGUCGACAUUAGAAAUGGGUUUUUUGGCGUAGUAGUAGCGCCUGACUUUGAAACUAAAAAAGUCAUAUAUAUCGCCGAAACACUGACCCAACAAUUGGACGCUUUGUCCCGGUUUUUGGGUACCCGUCAGUGGUUUACCGGUAAUCACAUUAAUUAUGUAGACUUCUUGGCGUAUGAACUGCUCGAUUGGUUCCGUCUCUUCAGUCCUGAGACCGUCGAUAAGUACCAGAAUUUGGUUCAAUUGUUGACCCGUUUUGAGAGUUUGCCGGCGAUUAAGGCAUACAUGAAAUCAUCAGAAUUUAUAAGUUGGCCACUGUUUGCGCCGAUCGCUAACUGGGGCUAUUACGAGAUCCGUGGUUACGCUCAACCCAUACGACUAGUGCUGAAGUAUGCGGGCGUGAAAUUCACCGACAAAUAUCAUGAAAAUGCGGACACAACUAAACUGGACGAAUAUAUGGCCCCGUGGUUUAAGGUUAAAUUCACCCUGGGCCUCGACUUUCCCAACGUUCCCUACUAUAUGGAGGGCGCUGUGAAAAUAACCCAAAGCAAUGCCAUUAUGCGAUAUUUGGCCCGAAAGCACGGACUGGUGGCCACCGACGAGACCGGACUCGUACGACAGGAUGUGUUGGAGCAACAGUUGAUGGAUAUUAGCAAUGGGUUUACCUAUGGGUUAAUGAUGAGCAAAGUGUACGACACAGAGAAAGUCAAAUACUUGGCCGAAACACUGCCCCAACAGUUGGACGAGUUGUCCCGGUUUUUGGGUACCCGUCAGUGGUUUACCGGUAAUCACAUUAAUUAUGUAGACUUCGUGGCGUAUGAGCUCUUGGAUUGGCUCCGCCUCUUCAGUCCCGAGACCGUCGAUAAGUACCGGAAUUUGGUUGAAUUCUUGACCCGUUUUGAGAGUUUACCGGCGAUUAAGGCAUACAUGAAAUCACCGGAGUUUAUAAUCCGGGGUUUGGCUCAACCCAUACGACUGUUGCUGAAGUAUAAGGGCGUGAAUUUCACCGACAAAUACUACGGCACGGGUGAUGCCAAAAAUUUGGAUGAGUUUAGAGCUGAAUGGGUUAAAGUGAAAUUCAACCUGGGCCUUGACUUUCCCAAUCUACCUCAUUACAUUGAUGGAUCAUUAAAAGUGACCCAAAGCACAGCCAUUAUGCGACACUUGGCCCGAAAGCACGGACUGGUGGCCACCGACGAGACCGGACUCGUACGCCAGGAUGUGGUGGAGCAACAGUUGGCGGACAUUAAAAAUGGUUUUAUAAUGGGUAUAUUGUUGGCCAAAGACUUUGAGACCGAAAAAGUCAAAUUCAUUGCCGAAACACUGCCCCAACAGUUGGACGCGUUGUCCCGGUUUUUGGGUACCCGUCAGUGGUUUACCGGUAAUCACAUUAAUUAUGUAGACUUCAUGGCGUAUGAGCUCUUGGAUUGGUUCCGACUCUUUAGCCCCGAAACCGUCGAUAAGUACCAGAAUUUGGUUCAAUUGUUGACCCGUUUUGAGAGUUUACCGGCGAUUAAGGCAUACAUGAAAUCACCGGAGUUUAUAAGUUGGCCAUUGUUUGGGCCGAUCGCUCCGUGGGGGUACAAAAAGUAA